GCAACGUUCCCAAAAAUUCGUAGCUUUGCGUAGGAAGUGACGAAAGCCUCACUAGCCGUGGCCGCGCGAUCGCGAGACAAUCUCCCUCUAAUUACCCUCGGCACCGGGAGGGAGAAAUGGCAGAGUCUCCUCCUAGGUCGUGCCGUCUGCAGAACGGCUUCAUACUCGUCGUCGCGUUCACAGGACUCUUCCUCUUCAUUUCGUACGUAAAGUAUGGCUCAAUAAAGAGCUGCGGCGGAAGGCAGGACUUUAUGUCGGCGUGGGGCUGCACCAGACAAAGGCAAACUAGCCCCGCUACAAUACGAGUGGGGCUUUCCCCGGCAUCAAUGGCCAGAAAAGAAACAGAUGGGCUUCAACCUGUAUCAGUGGCCAGUAAUGAGGCAGAGGCAGGGAAGAUGUAUAGACAGAUUUGGAAUGAGUAUGUUAAUCACAGUCACAUCGUGAAUCAGAGCAGCCCACACUGCUCACUGCCGUCUGCGUUCCACUCCUGGGAGAGAGGAACGGUGACACAGAUGUGGAUGCCACUCAAAAAAGACUGCCACAAGUUGAGACAGAAUCCAGCACAAUAUAUGCAGACUUCUAACCUUACUAAACAGCUAAAGGUCUGGAAAAAUAACCAUCCGUGGGAGUCCUUUGCCCUGAAAUUCAAAAAUAUGAGCUGCGAUAAAAUCAGA